AUGUCAGAACAAAGUAAUAAUAAUGAACAAUCUCAAAAUGAACUUAAUGGAAACAAUGAAAAUAAUGAAAAUAAUGAAAAUAGUGAAAAUAAUGAAAAUAAUAAAAAUAGUGAAAAUAAAUAUCUUUCCCAAUUGUAUUCUUUUUUAAAUUCCAAUUAUAUUAAAUCAUCAUUUGAAAGUAAAGUCGAAAAUGUUCCAAACAAAAAAAAAAACAAAAAUAAUAUAUCGACUAAGAGAGCUUAUAAUUACCUUAUUCGAAAGUUUAAGAAAGUUAUUGUAGAAUGUGACUUAUAUUAUGAAGAAGUUCAAAUUAAAAAUGAAAAUGUGAAAUUGAUCAUACAUUUUUUUGGGAAAAAUUCUAUUACUUUAAAAAAAUUAUAUAAAAAAAGAAAAAUAAUUGAUAACUAUUUUUUUAUCCUAAUUUUAUUUAAUAUAUUAUCCAAUUUUCCAUAUCCAAUUUUGCCAAUUCAAAAGUUUAUAGAUAUUUGUGAUAAUUACAUAUCAUAUGGAAUAAGCAUUUUAAUAAAAUUAAAUUCAUCAUUAUAUAAUAAAAAGAAAAAAGUCCAUAAAAUUUAUUUUGAACCGGUAUUUUAUUUAUUCACGGCAUUGUGGAAUAAUCACUAUUUUCAUAUUUCCCUUUCCAAUACACUGAUUAUUUUGACUUUUUUCUACAAAAUUUAUAUCAUACUGAGUAAACUCGAAAUUCGGAACGUGAAUUUAUUUGACAACAUAUAUACCUUGUGCUCCUCAUAUGUGAACAAAGUAAAUUCAAUGCUAUGGUUUAGCAUAUUCCUUAUAAUCAAACGAAUGCUAAUAGAUGAAUGUGAAAUCAAAAUUAUCAAAAAAAAACAGAUAUAUUUAAUUUUACCAAUAUUUGUAGAUAUAAUAAAAAUAUUAGAAGUAUAUGAUGAAAUAAUAAAGAAAACAAACAUAAACCCAUUAAUAAAAGUGUAUGAAAAAUUAAAAUUAUUUUUAUUUGAAUUUUUUCAUAAAUUAUUAUACAACUUAAUAACAAAACAUGAUACACUCCCUCGAAAUAUUUUCAAAUAUUUACAAAUAAAUAAUAAUAUUAUAUCUAAUAAAAAAAAAAAAAACAGCCAUUUUAAUUCUCAAAGUCUUAUUAAUAGAGAACGGAGUAAUGCAAUAAGUAGCAAUCAAAAUCAAAAAAAAAAUUGUAAACAUUAUGAAAGUGAAAAUAAAAAAAAUUGUAAACAUUAUGAAAAUGAAAAUAAAAAAAAUUCUAUCGACAUAUAUAGUAGCUUUUAUAAAUAUGCAAAUUCAAUAAAUGAAAAAUUUGUAUUUUAUUCCUUUUUUGAAAAUUUUGUACUCUUUAAUUCUCUUAAUAAUGAUUACAAUUCUACUGAAUCGAUAUCUUAUUUAUCAUUUUCUUUUAAUUCUUUAAAUUCAUUAAUUAAUAGCGAAAAUGAACAAAUUAUUAAAAAAAAAAAAACAACUAGCGAUUAUGAAAUUAUAUCACACACUGAAGAAAACAAUACUUAUGAAAAUGAUUUUGAUAAACCAUUUCAAUUAAUAAAAAUGCAUAAAAAUCAAAUCGAAAUUUUAAAUAUGAAAUAUUAUCAUUUUUUUAUACACAAAUAUAAAAGUGAAAAUAAAUCUAUCUUACUUAUCAAAAGUUAUUUUAAUGAUUAUUUAUGUGCUCUUGUAAAUACCUUAUAUAUAUAUUCUAAAACUAUAUUUUUUAAUAACCAUAUAACUGAAAAUAAUAGUUCAAUAGAAAAGACAAACACAACAUCGGAAAGCAAUCACUCAGAUUUGGGAAACAUAAAAAGGGAGGAAGUAAAUACAAGUAGUGAAACGAGCGAGCAUGAUAAAAGAAGCGAGCGUGACCACGACACUUUGGAAAAGUUCAACAUGGUUUAUUCAGAAACAAUAGAAAGAGAAGAUGAAGAUGUUCAUAAAAAAUUUGAUAAUUUAAAAAAAAAAUCCAAAAAAAAUAAAAACAAUACCAAUAUAAGUAGUGACACACAAGAAUACUUAAUAAAUAACAACCAAAAUGUCAUAAGAUGUUUAAUAUGCUUUUUAAAAUUAUUAUAUAAAAAUAUAUUUAAAAAAAUUAUAAUAAAAAUAAAAAAUUGCAAAAAUAUUAGUGAACUCAAAUUAUAUUUAUAUAUAGAAAAAAUAUGUGAAUACAAUACAUAUUAUUGUAUUAAAAGACGAUUAAAAAAUAUAUGUUUUAUAUUAUUUUUUUCUAUAACAUUAAAAAAUUUAAUAAAAAAUUAUUUAUAUAAAAUUAAAAAUGAAAAAAUAAAUAAAAAAAAUUUAGAAAAUUUCCAGUCUACUUUAAUUUAUGAUACAUGUAGUUUCAUUAAAAUAUAUAAUUAUCUAAAUAAAUCUAAAUUUAAAGAUUUUUAUCAAAAUAAAUAUAUUAAUUUUUUAAUUUUUAUUAAAAAUGUCUUAACAUUACCUAAAAAUCAGUUAAUCAAUUAUCCCAUAAAAAAUAACCAUUUCUUUUAUUAUAUAAAAAAUAAAAGAAUAGAUAUCAAUUUCGCUGAUUUUGUUUCAGAUUUGAAAAAUAGCAAUCUCCCACACACACCCAAAUGGUAUGAAAGCCAAAAUGAAAACCAAAAUGAAAGCCAAGAUGAAAGCCAAAAAGAAAGCCAAAAAGAAAGCCAAAAAGAAAGCCAAAAUGUAGUGCAAAAAACAUUAAAUAACAUAAUUCAAUCUUUUUAUUUAUAUAAAACUAAACCAAAUAACAUUUAUGAUUAUAAUUACAAACAAAAUAUUUUGUCUUCUCAUCAUUCUCCAUUUCAAUAUACACAAAACAACACGAAUCAUGAUGAAGACUUGAAUGCUACAUAUUUUAUUAAGUUGCAAAAAGGAGAGAUUUCCGAAAAUUGCGCAGAAAACGAAAGUGAAAUGCUUAGUGCAAGUGACUGUGAUACAAACCAUCAUUUUGAUCAUUAUUUAACAAUAAAUAAUGAUAUAUUCAAUAAUUUAAAAAAUAAUAAAAUUAAAAUAAAUAAAUUAUCUUUUGAAUAUCUCACAAAUUACUAUAAUGAAAAUUUUAUAAGGGUUUAUGUAAAAAAUGAAGCAAAAGAAAUUUUUGAUAGAAAAAUAUUAAUUUUAAAAAAUAACAAAUUAUAUUUUUAUGAUUCAGAAUAUUCUAUAUCAUAUGAUUCAUUUUAUUAUUUAAUGGAAAUUAAAAAAAUAUAUUAUUGUAAUGGUUUAUUUGAUUCAUUAAUAAAUUCACAAAAAUUCAGUUUCCAAAAUUCAACUUUUUCUUCUACUGGAGACAGCUUUUAUUCAAAAAAUCAAGACACUCUUUCCUCCGAAAAUGAGUGGCAAAAAUGUGGCUUUGACGCUAAAAUUAUUUUCCACAACGAAUUAAGAAAACACAUUCAUCUUAUGUUCAUUGAUCAGUCUUAUAAAAAUUUUGUAGAAAAAAUAAACAAUUCGUUAGUACAUGAAAAAGAAAGAACAUAUGAAUAUAUAAACCUUAGUUAUGAUAAAAAUAUCGAAAAUGAAAUUACACAUGAUUAUUUUUUUAACAAAAUAAAUUAUAUUAAAGAUUCUCAAAGUAUUUUUAGUGAAAAUGAAAAUGAAACUAACAAAAAAAAUUUAUUAAAUAAUCAAGAAUCAUCUAGUAUAUCCGAAAAUGAUGAAUCAGAAUAUCUUGAUGGAAGUUUCGAAGAUCCUGAUAAAAAAAGUGAAACAGAAUUUGAUAAUAAACAUGAUAUAAAAUCAGACAAUAAUUUUAUAAGUGAUAAUCCAUUAAAUAAUAUAUUAAAAGAUAAAAAUAAUUAUUUUUUAAAUAAACAUAAUAAUAAAUUAGAAAAAUACAAUAAUUUUGUUGAAUAUAAAUAUUCAUCUAGUGCUACCGAAAUAUUUAUUAAAAGUGAAAAUAUAUAUUUUUCAAAAAAAAAAAAAAAAAAAAUUAAAAUUAAAAAAGAAAAGAAAAUGAAACUUUUUAAAAAUAUUAAAAAAAAUGAUAUCUAUAAUUUAUUUUAUGAUCAAAUAUCGAAAUUAUGCAAACAUCAAAAUCCUACAAAAAAUAAUGCAGAUGAUCUUUUUUUUUACAAGUCUGUCAACGGUUUAUAUAGUGAAGCGAAUUUUGCAUAA